UUUAAGUUCAGCCAAUAAAAAUAUUACACGUGGAUUAAAAAAAGUUUUUUUUUAAAAUGAAAGGGUGUUAGCAAUAGGGGCAUGGCUGAGCCAAAAGUUAAAUGGUAGGUGCAUUUUUAUUCGAAAAGAUGGAAGGAGGGCAUUAUUGUACCAAAUCCGAUACUUCAGGGGCACUUUAGGCCCUUUUCCGAUAUAAAAAUCAGGCCCAAAUGCUUUUUAGAUUUGCAAAGAUAAUACUUUGAACAUGAUCCUGAAUUUUGGGUAAUUUGCCUUUAACAACUUUAAGUGCCUUGACAAUUUUUUUUUUUAUAUUUUGUUUGUGCAUUGUCUCUUUUGGCAGCGCCAUUUUCUUUGUUUUAACUCUUCCAUUCUUUCUUUUCUUUUUGUUUGCAUUUAUGGAGAGUUACAACUUGAUUUUUAUAUCAAGCGACCAUGGUGCACUUCAAGGAUCACGAAAUUCCAUAUCCAUAUCUUGAGAUUGCAGAGAAUAAAAAAGAUCCAUACGCCAAAGUUCUUCAACUGAAAACCAAUUUCCCAAUGAUUCGUGCUUUUCCGCUAAUAAGGCAGUCUCCUGACUCUUUGCUUAACCUUUCGGAAUGGUCAACGAAGGAGGAAUUCGAUAUCCUCGAAAACUUCUUUAGCAAGGCUACCAACACAAAGGUUCUUCUGUUGAAAUCGUCGACUCAUGAUCAUACAACUGUGUCUGCUAGCCCCAAACCUUCUGAUGAAGGUCUUGCAUCUUGGAGUUGUCCUCAUUCUGGCUUUGGGGAGGUUCAAUACACACCUUGCUAUUGGGAAUGGGUGGAAGAUACCCUUCGGCGCAACAAGGUGAUGCUGGAAUGCAUCAAGGUUUACAACGCUAUCCUCUCCUCUUUAUUCACACAUGACUUCAAUAAAAAUGUGUUGCAGGCAUUUUGCGAACUUUGGCAUCGGUCGACUAAUUCAGCUUGUACUAGCAUUGGCGAGAUCUCCAUUUCACUGUGGGAUUCGCACGUGAUUGGAGGCCUUCCUAUACAUGGGAUUUUCUACGACGAACUUGUCCCUUCAGCCCAAGAGUUGAUGCAAGCAUAUCAACAUGGGAAGCCAUUUCUGCCUAAAACUUGUGCAUACUUGCUGUUAGCAUUUUAUCGACUUUCAGAUGGUGAUUCUAAAGAGGUCUCUGUUCGUGAUUGGGUGAGCUUUUGGUUCAAAGGACCGAACAGAUACAAAGAGCCUCCGCAACGAGUGUCUAACAACGAGCUAACAAGCCAAGGUCGGGUCACAAUCCAUAUAGCUAUAUUGACAAGUUAUUUUUGCAGCGAACUGACGAAGAUAAUGCUCCUUUUAUUGAGUUAGCCGUGGAAGAGUCUCUUAGAGAAGAGACGAACUUGGCUGCUUUCCUUGCAUGUUGGCUUUGUAAGUUCGUCCUUCCAAUUAAGAAGCUAGACAACAUCCGUCCAAGCGUAUUCAAGGUUUCAAGCUUAAUGGCUUCUGGAGAGCAGUUUUCAUUGGCCAUUCCAGUCUUAGCGAGCAUUUACUAAGGCUUGAGCGAAAUCUCAACUUCUUCAGAUUUGGGCGCCAACAAUAUAACUUUCCCAUACAUUAUGUCGAUGGAUGGAUUAGCGAGUAUUUUGACACUCACCACCAGGCUAAGCGUCAUCAUAGUGGCGUUCGUAUGUGCAAAAUCGCUGGAGAGAAAAUGGUUAAGUACUUUGAUCUUCCUGGGGCGCGACGACUGUUUCAAGAUGUGGAUGCUCGCCAUCUUCACCAAUUGGCCUUGCUACAGCCCAAGGAUUUGCCUAUUGUGGAUAAAGGCCAACUUUCCAGUUCUUGGAGUGAUUACUUCAUUAGCCUCCGUCCGAGUUAUGUCACGGCUAGGCAUGAUGGUGAAUAUUUCAUAGAGACGUAAAACCGUCAUUGAUUCAGUCGGCAAUUUGUUUUCUAUCAAGACAUUCCUGGCUAUCUUGUAGAACGACCAUAUGAUGGCUCUUUAAAGGAACUGGUACAACUUUGGGAUUCAUGCACCCGACUUGGUAGUUCUUCUACGGUUAUGAUACCACCACGUCCCGAGAGGCCCUUAAUGACACGUAGAUAUGUAGAUUGGUGGUUAGCUGGUCGAGCAAAUUUUGGGGGACAAAAUAAAAUCAUUUUAAAAUUCUCAAAGCGUGGUGAUAUCCCUGUGUCAUCCAAAGUUCAUCACUCUCAGCUGCAAGAUCGAAAAAAGUCGUCUUCUUCUGUAAAGUCAAAGGCAAACCUCAAAGAUUCAUCACAAGUCAGCAAGUUAUCGACGAAGUCUGCAACUCCAAAGGGCAUGUUAGUGCGAGCUGGUAAAAGAGAUAAACCGUUUCCAUCGACUUUGAAAAUGACUACUACGCCAGACAACACUUGCAAAAGAAAGGAUCCUCCUACUUCAUUUGAGAACAAUGAUGGGCAAGCGUCAACAAAAGCACUUUGCAAGGAUAAAACUUCAACCCCCAUCUUAGUUGGUGAAGUCACAAAUAUCAGUAGUGGAGCCAAUAUUCAACAGAAGGUGAUGCUGAUCAAGACCGUCAUUGGAAGUGAUCGAAGAAGAAGGUAAAAGAUUUAGAAGAUCAAAGUGGUGCGUUUAUCGACUUAGACACCAUCGUUAUUGACAACGAGACAUUUUUUGAUGGUGUUCCUAGCUCCACCAUGCCAUUGCCUGAACUUGAAGAACAACUGAGUUUCGAGGACGCAUCUUCUGACAUGUUUGAUGACAUUUUUGACGAUAACGAUACCACGAUCCCAAGUUGUCUUGAUGUGUCUUCUCUUCCUCCUCAAGAAGUUAUAGCAAUCACAUAAGAAGUCGCACGUGCUCAAGUCAACCUUCCUAAAGCUUCAGGACCUUCAACAUGUCUGUCAUCACCCGAUGUUCCUAAUUUCGAACUACAAGAGACAAUCUCUAAUCUCAAGAUGUGUUUCGUUUCUAAGAUGUGGGGUGCAUUAUAUAUGCCAGUUGGUGAAAAAAUGUAUUAAGUUAAUUCUCAAGGAGAUCAAAGAAACAAAAGCCAUUGACAUCUCUACUUUGGAGGAUUCUGUUGAGGACUUUCACAAGGCAUAUGAAAAGUAUGGCACUAUAAAAUCAUCAAAAGAAUUACUUUCUGAUGCACAACAGCGCCUCCAUGAUGCGCAAGAGUUUAACAAGAAGAUAAAUGGUCACAUAGAAAAUCUUCAAGCAACUUUUGCAAAGGUCGAAAAAGAGAUAGAAGCAUUGAUUGCUAAACGAAAGAAGACCAUUGCACUCAUAGAUGAACGUACAACAAGUGAAGUUGUCCAAGAAUCAAGAGACCAUCACCAUUACUGAAGGCUAGAUUUUUGCCUUUGAGAAAGAUCAUCUGUUGUCUGAAGACGAAGCAGAGAAUUUAUCCAAGUUGAAAGAAGCAGUUGAGACAAGUCGUCAACAGAUUCGUAGUUUUCAACCCCUUGAAUUGUUUCUUGAGUAGAGUGAUGUUUAGCUUUUUUUUUUUCUUUUUUUUUUUUUUUUUUGCAUUCUUCAGGCAUCGAUGUACUGAGUUGCUUAUUCCAUCUGAAAAAUAAAAGUGUUGUUUCUUUAUCA